GUCCCGACUCUGGACAGACAGGCCCAAGAAAAUCGAUUAGAACGCGAACCCCAAGGCUAGUCACCUUGUCGUCCCGUUCUCGGCGGUUUCUUUUGCGAAACGAGACGCACCUUUGCCGACGAUGUUUGCAGGUCUUCAUGGAGCCUGAGGCUGGUAGAGGCCGGCAUGCUAUACCUUUUAGUCGGCAUACGACGAGGGGGUAGGGGGGUCAAACUCCGCAAGCAGAAGCUGCCCCCUCCGCUUAGUAUCCUAGCCCCGUCAGUGUUCGAUACGGGAUAUCUAACCGCCAUUUCGACGCGAGCAACGCUAUUGCCCAAAAUCUCAUUCAAUCUGGCGAAUUUCCUUCAAUCACAGUCAUCCAGACCGAUGAACAAAUCUGUCUCCGAAUCCAUUAGCCGCGGACGACAAAUCUUUCAAGGACAAGUUGAAACUGAGAACGAUGGGGGCGAGUUGGAAAGCAAGCUCUGGAAGUUGGUCUUGUCCAGUAGCUUAAUGCCGGUAUCCACGAGACUGGCUCGCUCUACACCACAUGCCAGGGCCAGUAACAUCAGGGACGAUCCAAGGCCAAGGCGGCAUGGCCAUCACUUGAUGGUUCAAACGACAGCCUUGCCCGUAUUGUGGGACGGAUGGCCCGCAAGUGUCUCCUCAGAGGAGGCCUACGUCUCAAGAGAUGAGAUAGCUGAGCUGCAAUGUGAAAUUGAAGAGGACUGCGGCAAUCCCAAAGCCCAUGAUGAAUGGCCUUUCGAUUCAUCGUGGUUUUCGAGUGAGAAUAUUGGGUGGGAUUCCUGGGACGACUGGACUGACCAAGAUGACAACAAGACGGAGACACCCCUGACAUCACAGAACUCCCACCACCUCAUGCGACAAGAGGAUGGCAGCGACCUGACUGACAUACCUGUUACAUUUAUCGAGGAACGAUCUAGCGGUAGAGACCAAGAUAUCGCGACUGAGAGCAGCACCGACGGCGUCCCAUGGUCAGACGACUGGCAGGAUUGCUCAGACGACGGAACGGAAGAAGAUGGAGGAGGGAUUGGGAUUGACGGCACAUCCGAUAUGCAUGAGUAUAAUACGCGAUGGUCAAGUCCCUGGAGCGACUUUUCCGACGACAAGGGGGAGGAUAUAUUCCAAGAUCAAUGGUGCCACACACACUAUACAAGACCAGGUUGUUGAUGGGUUCCGCAGUUAUCCACAUCAGGUAGACGUUUGAAGAGCUCUGUUACCAGUGACUUAUUGCAACAUUUGGCAAUUCGCAUCGCUGUUU